CUUCCGCCUGCUCAAAGACAGCAGCAUCAGCGCUGAUAACAGGGCGGAUUCACCGACACUGAGGAAUAAUGGACAGUCAGGGCAGGAAAGUGGUGGUCUGUGACAACGGGACAGGGUUUGUGAAGUGUGGGUAUGCCGGCUCUAAUUUCCCGGAACACAUUUUUCCGGCUCUGGUCGGGAGACCCAUCAUCCGUUCCACUGCCAAAGUGGGAAACAUUGAGAUCAAGGACCUGAUGGUGGGAGACGAGGCGAGCGAGCUGCGCUCCAUGCUGGAGGUGAACUACCCGAUGGAGAAUGGCAUCGUGAGAAACUGGGACGAUAUGAAGCACCUGUGGGAUUACACCUUUGGCCCAGAGAAACUCAACAUUGACUCGAAAAACUGCAAGAUCCUGCUCACAGAACCGCCCAUGAACCCCACCAAGAACCGCGAGAAGAUCAUUGAGGUAAUGUUUGAGACCUAUCAGUUCUCAGGGGUUUAUAUCGCCAUUCAGGCUGUGCUCACUCUCUACGCUCAAGGUUUGCUGACAGGUGUGGUGGUGGACUCUGGCGAUGGUGUCACUCAUAUCUGUCCAGUGUACGAAGGCUUUUCUCUCCCUCAUCUCACACGCCGACUGGACAUCGCAGGAAGAGACAUCACGCGCUACCUCAUCAAGCUGUUGUUGUUGAGGGGUUACGCCUUCAAUCACUCGGCAGAUUUCGAGACGGUGAGGAUGAUGAAGGAGAACCUGUGUUACGUGGGUUAUAACGUCGAGCAGGAGCAGAAGCUGGCGCUGGAGACCACAGUGCUGGUGGAGUCUUACACACUGCCUGACGGGAGGGUGAUUAAAGUGGGCGGCGAGCGGUUCGAGGCGCCGGAGGCUCUGUUUCAGCCUCACCUCAUUAACGUUGAGGGAGUGGGCGUGGCCGAACUGCUCUUCAACACCAUCCAGGCAGCUGACAUCGACACCAGGGCUGAGUUUUACAAACACAUCGUGUUGUCGGGUGGCUCAACGAUGUAUCCAGGUCUGCCGUCUCGUUUGGAGCGCGAACUGAAGCAGCUCUAUCUGGAGAGAGUGCUGAAGGGAGACGUCGACAAACUCUCGAAAUUUAAGAUCCGUAUCGAGGAUCCUCCUCGUCGUAAACACAUGGUGUUUUUGGGUGGUGCCGUGCUAGCUGACAUCAUGAAGGACAAAGACAAUUUUUGGCUGACCAGAGAGGAGUACCAGGAGAAGGGCAUGCGUGUUCUGGAGAAGCUGGGGGUCACCGUUAGAUAAAUCACGCUCGCAUACACGCACAACGUCACGUACUUGAACUCACACUCGCAGACAUGCAGGGUGGCAUUUUGGCAGCGUAGAUAUGAAAAUAUACUUGGUAAUAUCGAUAAAAUACUUGAACUUCCUUCACAAUCCAAAAAAAGUGAUCAAUGUUUGUACGACAUUCCAAAUGUAAUGGUUCAUAAUCACCACCUGAGAACAGGAAACCAACAUUUUAUAACAUAAAACUAACCCAUUUAUGCUGCCAAAAUUAAUCCUCAUGCAUCAUCAUUUUUUUAUUUGCUCAUCAAUUAAGAUUGACCUUCAUGAAGCGAAAUAUCGCUCAAAACUUGGCAAGAAACAUAAGGAUUGUGGGCUGGGGUGGAAGUAGAGGGACAAAACAAUACAAAAAAGGUAUUUUUAAGAAUAAAAAAAUAAGUUGCUUUGGUUAAACAUUGUUUUUGUAAUAAUGAUUUGAAAUCAAUGCAGCCAGCUUACUAUUAAAGCGAUAGUUCACCAAAAAAAGAUAAUAUUUGUCUUUAUUUACUCACCUUCAUGUCGUUUCAAACCUGUGUUACACAAAAAGAGUGCAAUGAAAGUGAAUGAUGACCGGGGACAGAGCCGCUUGGACAUCUGUCAUAUGGGUUUGGUACAACAUGAGGGCAAGUAAAUGUUGAUAGUUUUUUUUUUUUUUAUAUACAUUUUAAGUGAAAUAUCCCUGUAAAGAAAUAAAAAUAGAAAAUAAAUACAAUAUUUGUGGCCGAUGGUAUCAAAUAGACAUUGAUCUGAAAGCAAACUACUUUUGUUGAAAUGUCUACCUCCUUUCUUUAUCUUAAGGUAUUGUCUUUCUAUAUCUUUAAUUGUCGUGUUUGGGGCGCUUGACAGAAAAUGCGGGAGCAACUGGGACCAUAUUUCCCCACACAGCAUUUAACGGAAAAUUAAGAGUGCUCUCAUGUCAUUUGAUUCACUUUAAAAGCACUCAAGUCCAAAUUCAUGACGAGCAGUGUUAGUCGACCUUAUUUUGGUAGAAAAUGUGUAACAUAUAGACUUUCUAUUAAUGUCAUUCCUGCUGUUCCUUGAACAGUUUUCCUUGAAGUUUAAAGGAGCUUCAUAAACAAUUGUAUCAAUUUCACACUUUAUUUGAAUGGAAGGUAUAACAACCUGUUUUCUGUGAAAUUUUCACCAUUAAAGCUGCCUCAGUAGCUGUGUAAAUCUCACCAAAAGUAAUAAUAACAUUUUCAAUAGAAUAUGAUUUUUUUAAUAAUCAUGAAGAUUUUUUCAUAUUUUCAUGACAAUUAAGCACAUCCUCCCCUCCCAGUUCUCAUUACCGUAAUGCAAAAAAAAAGCAUUUCUCAUUACCAUAAUGCAAUAAAAAUGCAAUUCUCAUUACCGUAAUGUGGACAAAAAUGCAAUUUUCAUUACCGUAAUGUUCCAAAAAUGACAUUUCCAUUAUGGUAAUUAUAAUUUAUUUCUAAUUUUCAUUACUGUAAUGUUGCAAAAAUGCAAUUGUCCUUACCAUAAUGCAGGGAAAAAUACAAUUGUCAUUAUCAUAAUGAGAAAAUAAAAUAAAUUUUCAUUACUGUAAUAUAGCAAAGAUGCAAUUGUCAUUACCAUAAUGUGGGAUAAAAUGACAUUUUCAUUACCGUAAUGAGAAAAAAAGCAAUUGCCAAUACUGUAAUGUGAAUGGAAUGCAAUUUUCAUUAACAUAAUGAGAAAGAAAUGCCAUUUUCAUUACUAUAAUAUUGCAAAAAUGCAAUUUUCAUUACUGUAAUGUAGCAAACAUGCAAUUGUCAUUACCAUAAUGUGGGGAGAAAAAUGACAUUUGCAUUACCAUAAUUAGAAAAAAAUGCAACUGCAAUUACUGUAAUGUACCAAAAAUACAGUUGUCAUUACCAUAAUGAGAAAAAUAAAUCAUAACUUUAAUGUUGCAUAAUGUGAAAAAAUGCCAUUUUCAUUAACAUAAUGAGAAACAAAUGCAAUUUUCAUUAUUGUAGUAUAGCAAAAAUGCAAUUAUCAUUACUGUAAGGAGAAAAUAUUUAUUUUAAUUACUGCAAAAAUAGCAAAAAUGCCAUUUUUAUUAUCAUAAUGUGGAAAGACAUGCUCUUCUCAUUACCAUAAUUGCAAUACAGUAAAAAAUAUUAGUUAACAUAUUAAUAGAGUAAUGAGAAGCAAAUGAUAAUCACCAUUGAGAGUAAUAAUUAAAAUAAAUCUGGACAAUUUAGGGUAAUUAAAAUUAUGGGAAUGGAAAUGUGCUUAAUUGUCAUGAAAACAUUUGUCACAUUGUCACAUUCCAAACAAGUCUUAAUGGUCCUAAAAAUAGGUUUCUUAUUAAAAAUACAAUUUCUUAUUUUUAUUUCUUUAAAUUCCGGGGAAAAGUGCAACCUUGACAUGUUUUCGUGAAAUUCCCCUGGCUGUUGUACAUGCAGAAUUUAAA